AUGACAGCAUCAGCAGUGACAACAUCUACAUCUCCAUCUACAUCUACAUCUACAUCUACAUCUACAUGCACUGAUACUGAGGAAAGAAGGAUAGUUGGCCUGAACAACCUGGGGAUUCGGCAACUGCAAUCAGGAAACAGCAAUGGCAGUAGACAAGCCUUGCAAAGCUUGCUUCAGUCAUUGCAUCACUUGAAGCAAGCCAAGAACAUGAAUACCCCAGCAUGUCAACCUGAUCAACCUGAUCAAGUUGAUCAAGAGGGACUGGAAAGACCAAGUCUGUUUGCUCUCCAACCCAUUCAUCCCACCAAUGAUUCUGCUUCUUUUUCCUCCUCCUCCACUGACAACCUCCCUUUUCAAAUGUUUGACCACGUCUUUGCCUUUUCUCACAGUACCAGUACCAGUUCAGUGACAUCCAUGGAAAACCGCGAUGGCACCAUGGCUGCCCUCACGUACAACUUGGCAGCCACGCAUCACUCCAGAGGAGUCUACCUGUUGGCACACAACAAGUCUGCCAAAGUGUCUCUUUCCAAGGCCAUUCAGCUCUACACGUUUGCUCUUAGUGCCAUGCAACACUGGGCCAAGAACUUUCAAGUUCAUCAGGGAUGUCACAUCCUCAGGCUCGCCAUUCUCAACAACAUGGCUCAUGCCAAUGCCCUUCUUCAACACAAGCAAGACGCCAUUCAUUGUCUCAAGUGUCUCAGAGAUGUUCUGCCGUAUGCAAAGCUUCCUCUUGUAUCCAAAGAACACUACGCAUUCUUCUCAGCCAAUGUAGUUGUGCUCUGUCUCAAGCAGGUUGUACAGCACCAGCACAAACACAAACGACACAGUCAAGAGGAGUCUCAACCCAGCAGAGACACCCUGCUCGACAUUCCGGCACCGGCUGCCUAG